AUGAAGACGCUAGCUCUGGCCACAGCGACCUAUGGAUUCCUACUUAAGGAAUGUGUAAGCAAUGUAAUGCUUUCAAAUGAGCAUAUAUGUGACUUUGCAUUGAAUCCUCAUAGUAGUAUCAAGCCAGUGCUGAAAGAACCGAAUGGACAUGAUGAAGAAGUUUGGUGCACGGUGAAUAACCCACAUCUCACAGACUACGUAGCCAUGGUGUGUCCAAAAAAAAAAGAGACUGGAGACUACACAGAUUUGGAAGCUGUGCCAGCUAAGUGCUUUACAAAACACUUAUACUCCCCAUAUGAUACAGAAGAAAAUGAAAAAGAUAUGGAACUCCUAGAAUUAGAUCAAACAUUGUCCUUCAACAAAACAUUUAACGAUUUUGAAUUAAAAAUGUUGAUAAUCCCAGGGUAUUAUAAACAUAACAAAACAAUAUAUUGUAGAUGUGACAACAGGAAAACGAAGAAAGGUCAGGAGCCUGAUCAAGUACAAGAAGGAAAAGUAGGACUAGUAAAAAUUAUUUUAAACAAAGAAAACAAGAAACCCAAGGGAAUAGAUUUUACAGACGCUAAUGAAUAUGAACACACAGAUAUAGUGCAAAAUGGAAAUGACAAAAUAAUUGAAGCAAAGGAAAAUGAUAUUAUUCAUUUUAAGUUUAAACCCAAUCAGCAACCUGAAAUAGACGAAUGCGAAAAUAUUAUUAACAUCAAGUAUGGCCUUCUACAAGAACACGUUUUGAAUAUAAGAUUUCCUACGGUGUUUUUAUCUACAGAGAAUUGUGCUAUUAAAAUUAAAGAAAAUACAAAACCAACUGUAAAAAUUAUCAUGAAGUUUCAAAAAACGGAAAGCAUAGAUGGUUGUGAUUUUACGAAACCGGAGGGACAGGGAGACUACACGGAUGGGUUUGCUUUAGAAGAUAUUGAACAAAAUGAAAGAAUUUGUUCUGUACAUAUCGGAUCCAGUAAGAAGAUAUUUUCUGCAGGUAUUAAGUGCCCCUAUAAAUUAACACCUACCUAUUGCUUUAGACACGUUUUACAUGAAAAAAACGUCAACGGGGUCAAGGCUUAUCACCCGUUCUUGUUAACCGACAUCUUGGGAACCCUAGAUGUAGAGUUCUAUAGCAAUGCACAACAAGGAUCCUACAUAAUUGGACUGCCAACCAGUCCACAAAAAUAUACAGUUGUGAGAUGUGUUUGUGAGCAUAAUGGAAAAACUGGAAUUAUGGAACUCCAGAUUGACUCUUCUUCCGGAUGGACUUUCCUCAGCCUCACCUUGAUGCUUCUCCUCAUCGCUCUUCUUUACGCGUGA